UAGUAGACAAAGAACAAAUUAGUUCCUUACCAUAAACCUCAUGCUUACAGGAUGCUUCUGGAGGACAGAUCAAUCAUUCUUUAGUUCCUUACAGAGGGGAAAAAACCCCCACAAAACGCCUCUUGAGAUGAACUAGCACAGCACCAUUGUUCAGCUGGCUGGAUUUCACACACUACAAUGAAGAUACUGCUUUUCACUGGACUGCUCUCUUUUAGCUCCGGUCUUGGCACUACAGCUUCAGAAUUUUCACGGAAUGGCUCUGCAAUUAAAACAGUGUCUCUUAUCAAAACUUUUCGUGGAAUUUCCGCGAGGGACUAUGAUUACAUCCCCCCUUAUGCUAUAGAAGGGGAAACAACAACCACCAUCCAUAUCAGAGAAAACAAAUGCACUUCAAAAAAGUCAAAUGACUCCACGUUAACAGAAGUGAGCAACACCACGCUGGAGUACCUCACCAGCUCUCUGAGCACCAAGCUAAUACCUGCCGUUUACCUCAGUGCUCUUUUAUUGGGUGUACCAUCUAACGCCAUCAUUCUGUGGAUGCUACUCUUCAGGAUCCGCUCUGUGUGCACUGCCGUCCUCUACACAAACCUGGCUGUUUCAGACCUGCUCUUCUGCAUCGUACUGCCCUUCAAAAUAGCCUACCACAUCAACGGGAACAACUGGAUAUUUGGGGAGACCAUGUGUCGCACGGCCACGGUGGUGUUUUACGGCAACAUGUACUGCUCCAUUCUGCUGCUGACGUGCAUCAGCGUCAGCCGCUACCUGGCCAUCGUUCACCCCUUCACCUACAAGGGCCUCCCGAAGCGCGCCUACGCCAUCGCAGCCUGCGCUGCCGUCUGGGCCGUCGUCUUCCUGUACAUGCUCCCGCUCACCAUCAUGCAGCAAAGUUAUUAUGUGAAGCAGCUGGACAUUUAUACCUGCCACGAUGUGCACAGCACCUGUGAAACCGUGUCUUCCUUCCAGUUCUACUACUAUGGGUCCUUAGCUGUGUUUGGGUUUUUGAUACCGCUUGCAACUAUCGUGUUCUGCUAUGUCUCAAUUAUACGAACACUCAAGACUCACGAAUGGUUCUGGUAUGUUAAAGUCAGCCUUUUGAUUCUUACCAUCUUUGCCAUUUGCUUUGUGCCAAGCAAUAUUAUCCUUAUUAUCCAUCACAUCAACUAUUACUAUUACAACACAGAUAGGUUGUAUUCUUUUUAUCUAAUUGCUUUAUGUCUUAGCAGCCUCAACAGUUGCCUUGAUCCUUUCCUUUAUUUUCUGAUGUCAAAAAUUAGAAGUCAAUCCAAUAUUUAUCUGACAAUGGUUAAAAUAUCCAGGGAAAAAUGAAUUUAUUUCUAUUACUGGAAUUAUGGUUUUGUACAGUACUAACACAGACAGCAGCAAAUCUCAGGUGCGACAUUUAUACUUUAAAUAAAAUGGGUUAGAAAACAAUCUCAGAUAAAUUUACUUCCUUCCACACAAGGAAUAUCUUCAAAAAUACACUUCUCCAGCUCUGUAACAUUAUUACAUGUGUUGCAACACCUGUGUACCUAGAGUCAGGGAAGUAGCUCUGCACCUCCAUUUCUUUCUGAGAUCACUUUCUGGCCAUGGAGAAGCUGCCAGAGUAUCCUUCACCACAGCUUCUAAAACCCAGAAGAGGAGUCAGCAUCCAAAAAGCACUUCUAGGACAAUUCAUGACACCUCAAAUUAGCUCUCAGCCGACAGUCGCUGAAGGAACAGUGUUACAAAAACAAGUUUUUGGCCUGGAGAAAAUGGGAAUAAGCACUUUCUACUUGCCUGGGAGCAGUCAAGAGGAAAUAUUGCCCUGGAUGUUGGAAAUACAGAGUCCCCAUAGGUUCACAAAACAGUAAGUCUACCACCAUGGACACAGAACCUGACUCUUCCAAGGCUACCUCUCCCACGAGGCUGCCUAACCAGCUCUGCACUGGAGACUUGUCCUUCCACUUCGUCAGCGCCUGCACUUCCCUAACCCAUAGGGAUUGCUGGGAGCUCACCCUUAUCAGUGCAAAUCCAGGCAUAUGUUAAUCUUGCUUGGUAAGCAAAACAGGGAAGCUAUUUUGUAGUAUUCUCUAUUUCCACAUCCUCACAGGAAAUACCUACAGUGUUACAAAUACUGCAGCUAGUUACCAUUGACUACUAGUAAAACAAUGGGUCAAUUUUUACCUUUACAGAAACUCAAAAUCUUCUUAUAUACAGCGUUCCGAGAAAAUUACCUCAGUGGCUGUCAUUUGAAUUUGUAACUGCGGCACGUAAGUGAGGAUAAAAAUGUUUUAUGUUGUUUUGGUAAUAGUAUUGUAAAAAACUUUACUUAAAUAAAAUGAGUUGCUCUGGAAAA